CUUAACAUAUGAUUGUCACAGCCCUUGCAGCCGCUAUUGGACUGUCAGGUUAAAAGUGCAUAGUUGUGAGUAAAUAAGUUCGUUUGAGUUUUGUGCUCCGUUGGUGUCUAUAUGUGAAAAUGAGUAGCCCUCGUCCGAUCCGGGCCGUACGAGGCCGGAAUCCAAUUCAUAAUUUAUCUGCAGCGGGAAGUCCAACAUCUUUCAAUACAUCGGCCACAUUGCAGAAUAGCAAUCUCAGCAGCGACGAUGAAGGUGACAGCCAAGAUGAGUCUCCAGGAAAGUUCCCGGAUGCAUCUAUGACAAAGAAAACGGGCAAGAGGACCCAAAGCCCGUCGCCACCGUUCCGAAAUGAAAAGUCGUUCAUUGCAGAUGAAAUGGAAGAAGGAAUUCAUUCGCCUCAGCGUGCUGACCGCUCAAUUACAUUCAACAGGUCUUCAAUCGUUGCUUCUGGGGGUGGUUCCCCACGCGCAAGGAGUGCUCGGAAGUCCCAAGCGAACGAACUUAAGCAGAAAUCACCAAGUCCGCCUAAGAGGAGGAGGAGUCAAGUUCAGCGCGAAGCAUACCAGUCCAGUCCAAAGCCAAGAGCGAUCAAUUUCGACAUUUUGUUGUUUGCGACAGUGAUUUUCUUUCUAGCGGCAAUUUUUGGACUAGUAAUAAGGAGAUAUGUGGAAGAACCCAAUGUUUCUGAACAUAAAUAUUGUGAAAACUUUGAAAGUCUGAAAAAAACGUUCCCCAACCAAAACGAGUACAUUUGGCGAGCACUGAAAACUGGAGUCGAAGGAGUGCUGAACAAUCACCCGCCGAAACCAAGUGUUUUCCUGUUCCUCCAUCGAGAUGACAACUCAGCGGGAAGGAUUAUUACCAAAAUUGUAGACACAGCGGCUGCUUGCUUCAAUCCGACACUGAAGGCUGUUACCCUGGACAGUGACGAGUUUAGCUCCGAAGAUGCUCAAGGAGAUUACGGAGUGAUCAUAAAAAGAUAUAAGGAAGCCCUGAGAAAUGGAGGAGUCGUGCUCAUAGCUGACCUGAACAAGAUACCUUCACAAACGGCCAGAGCUUUACAUUUUAUUUGUGAUAAUGAAAAUCCAAUGAUCAAUAACGUCGUCAUAUUUCUGACACUGACCCCGCUCACAGAUGUCGGUAAACCUGUCGAAAUGGCCGAAGACACAUUGAAUUUAAUCUGGAACUCCACGAUUGAUCAGAAUACUUUAAGUGCACUUGUAACAAGAGUAACGGACCAAGUCAUCUCGCUGCACCCCGAAUGACAGAUAGGUUUAAGAGUUUAUUUUUCUACAAACAGUAUGGACAUAUAAUAUAUUUAAGUUUCUAACUACGAUCAAUUUAAAUUAGUUCUAUUUAUUUUCCAAACGACUCUUUUAUAAGCUUUACUAUAAGCCUUGAUGAAUAAACGUCUUUGAUUCAGU